UCACGAUACCAAUCUUUAUCUGAUGGUUAAGAUAUUUAUUUAGGAGUUAUUUAUAUUAUUUAGUUGUAUUAAUAUAAAAUAUAUCUCUUUAGAUUGUGUUUGUGUUUGUCGUAUACGUGAACGGAGCAGAGAAAGCAGAGCCAUUGGGUUGUCAUCCUGCGCACCUAACUCUUGUUCUAUCUCUACCUUUUUUAUCUUUUGUUUAGGGUUUAGGGGCUUGAGAGAGAGACAGAGAGAGAAGGGAAAAGGAGGGGUUUUGGCCUCUGGUUCGUUGGGGAGAAGAAGAGAAGAGGAUUUAUGUCGGCUGUUUCUCUUAGCUUUCUAUUCUUUGAUUUGGUGGCCACUAUAGGUGGAGAGGAGAAGCUUGAGAAAAGUUCCUCCAUUGCUGUUGUUGCUCCUCCUUGUGGAAUGCGGAUGUUGGGCAUGUAUUUCAGGAUUUCACGGCUUGGAUUCAGUCUCAGAUAUUUGGGAUUCAAGCAUACGAAGUGUUUUGUUUUGAUUUGAUUUGAUUCAUCUGAGAGAAAAAGAGAAAGAACUAUUUUCAUUUUAGGGUUUUUUUUAUUUACUGUUUUGUGAGUGAAGAGAAGAGAAGCAAAGAUGCGGCAAACCCCCAAAAAAUCCAAAAAAAAGAGGAGCUUUGAGGAAGAUGAGAAGAAGAUGAGAUUGGAAUCCUUGAGAAAAAUCACAAUUUCAUAUGAUGAUCCCGAUGCUACGGAUUCAUCUAGCGAUGAAAAUGAAAAUGAAAGCACAACUAAGAAGCGCAACAUCAUUAUCCUCAUGCCUCAAAACCCCAUCAAAGAGAAGCUCAAAACCAAAACCCCUGUAAAGAGAUCAUCGACGUCAAAGUACAAGGGCGUGCGGCAACGUCAGUGGGGCAAAUGGGCGGCCGAGAUCAGAGAUCCAAUCCGUGGAGUUCGUCUCUGGCUUGGCACCUUCGACACGGCGGAAAAGGCUGCCGAAGCCUACGCCUUGACUUCCAAGCGUCUAGAGGCCGAGAAGCGAAUCCUUCUCCGAUCCUCCUCUGAAUUCGGCCUUGAUCACCAGCCCUCUUCUCCUUCCUCUGUCCUCGACAUCUCCCGCUCCUCCAGUUCCGCCGGCGACACCAGAGCCAAGAAAGCUCAGAGCUUUGAACAUAACACUGUACCGGAGAUGGCGGAGAUGGCGGAGCUCCCGCUUCCCAUCUCGAAGCUUUGCUUCGAUGAUGAUGAUUCAACGCUGGAGACGGAGAUGGAUUUAUUGUUCUGUGAGGAUGCAGUCGAUUUGGAAGCGUUUGAUCUCGAUACUUACGAAGAUGAGCUUGAGUUCAUCUUCAAUGGAGACCCUUUUGAUUUCGACGAUGCUGAAGCUUUCUCUUUUUUGAAACCAGAGGCUCUUUCUUGGAUUGAUGAACUCGGAAUUUGAACAA